AUGCAGCUCACCUCCCUCAUCACUAUUCUCGCCACGACCGGCCUCGCCACAGCAGGCUGCUACAGCGGCGGCGAGAAAUGGGGUGACAGCCGAAACGCAGCCAUCGAUUUCGCGGGCAGAUGGUGCAACAGCAGGGGCGGCGCGGGUGACUAUCGAGCCGGACAGACCAAAUUCAACUGCGCGAAUCUUCCAUCGGGUGGGAAUCGCGUUGAUUUCUAUCUGCAGAAUAAGGGCAACAAUCAUGCGACGCUUUCUACUUCUGAUUGCAAUAAGUAUCUCAAGGAGAUGAUCAAUUGUGAUCAUGGUGGUGCGCAGGAUAAGGGAAGCUGGUAUAUGCGGGCGGAUCCCAACCACGGCAAGUGUUAG